AUGCUUUCAUAUUUGAUCUUACUAUUAUUGGUUCUUCCAGUCCCUGCUUAUUCUGCUACUCCUUCCGAUGUACCAAGACCCAAACCAUACGAGGUGAACAGUAUUCGUGAUAUAGAGCUCAACUACGACAAACUCACCCAAGAUCCAGAUACCGUAUUCUACUUGAAAGAUACAAAGACUUUCUUAGCCAGACCAGAGAGUGCUGAGAACAGUCCUGAGGACUUGGACACCCUAGCUCGUCGUUCCUGGUUUGGAAGAAAACCUGUUCAGGACUGGGUGGAGUACGACAUCGCGUUGGAGAGAGAAGUGACCUAUCCGGGAGUCAUUCCCGUUAGUGCUUGCCAGUCACAGCAAUACGGGGGGUCGGGUUCAGUUACAUUCUCUUAUUCCUUGAAAGACUCGCUUGUCAUAGAGCCCGUUAUCCAAAAUGUACAUAAGCUUGGAAUCGGAAGAUACGGCAUAGCUUACGACUAUAAGGCCCAGCACGGUUGGGGACUGACUGCCUCCACUAGUGGCUCUGUCACCUGUUCGGUGGGACCUGGCCAGAAGGCACAGGUGUUCAUGACCCCCACCUUUGUGAAAAUCGUACCCAAGCUCAGAAUGGUGAAAUACAAGCUAAAGAAGUUCGUGACAGACCCAGACUUCACCACAACCACUAGCAUGAAUAUGCUCGUUGAGAACGCCAAAAACAGAAUUGAUUGUGCCACCAGUGAUGUAGUCGAGUUGUUCUGCAAAUCUGAAAAAAUUGGAACCCCCGACUGGAAGAAUCCCAGCCAGCUUCGGUUCGUUGACUGAAAGGGUUGCAAAUAAGCAUAGCACCAUUGAACAGUUGAUACUUGUUAAUAAUUUAUAAUCGAGUCCUAGCUACAUCUGAAAUUCAG